UCCUCUAUAAAUGUAGGAAAUCUAUUCAUUCCUUUCACACCGAGCCUGCUGAAGUAAGAGGAACUGUGAGGCUCCACGGGAUGUGUUGACAGACUAGAAUUCCGCCUUUUGCUUUAUCUUAUUCUCUCGCUAAUUUGCGGCUGUAUUAGAGUAGCUUUCGCCGUGUUUACAGCGCAUAAUCUCAAAUACCUCCUGCUACCAGUAGUGUAAUUAUUUGUUUGUUUUUUCGCUGCCUCUCUCUGAGCCGUUGGUUAUCUAAGAUGAAGGCUGUUACUCCAGUCCACCCCCAGGACUCCUCCUCCAGCGGCAGCGAGCUCUCCCUGCACUAUCUGUCGAAGCAGAGCCUCAACAUCGCCCGGUGCAGGAUGGAAGAGGAGGACCUGUUCUGCCUGCAGUACGACAUGAACGACUGCUACAGCCGGCUGAAGCGCCUGGUGCCCACCAUUCCGCAGGAUAAGAAAGUCAGCAAAGUGGAGAUCCUCCAGCAUGUGAUAGACUACAUCCUGGACCUGCAGCUGGCCCUGGAGACGCACCCUUCUCUCCAUAAACAACAGCCACAACAGACCGGGACCUGCCCUCCUCCUCCAGCCUCCAACCCCAGCCGGACACCGCUGACCGUGCUCAACAUAGACCACCACCAGAGGACAUCAAUAGUCAAAAAGCCGGAGGACUCUAUUUUAUGCCGCUGAGAUAAAAGCACUGCAUUGGUGUGCAGGCUACACAGAGCCGCUCCAAAGCCAGCAAAGCUUCGCCAGGGACUCACACCCAACUGGAGGCACAAUCACAAGGGGAUUUCAAAACCGCUGGGAGGAAUUCAACCCAAAUAAAAUCACUAUUCAUAUCAGCUUUUUCUUUUUUUUUUGGUUCCAUUGAACAAGGAAUCAGUAUGUAGACAUCUCCCUCUCCUUCCUCCUGUUUAAGUUGCUCUAACUUUACUUCUUGUCACUUGAAAUUUCUUUCUAAAAGAGUGAAAACGUGGAAUCCCCACGCUGAGAAGUUUUUUGUUGGAAACCCGUCUGUCAACAGCUAUGAAAACUGUUUGUGAAUUGUGCUUAAAGAAUAACUAAAAAUGACUCCAGUUUAAAGCUUUACUAAACUGCGAAAAAUCAUUGUACAUGUUUUGGACAUCUAUUGUUUAAAAUAGAUGAUUUGUGUUGAACAGGGAUGUCAUCCCUGGAAUCUUAAAAUGUUUGAUAUUGUAAAAAAGAACAAUUCUGAUUCGAGACGAUUAAGAUUGUACAUAUAGAGACACAAAUGUUCUAUAAAAGUAUGUGAAAGGAAGACUUAUAUGCUUAAAAUAGACUAUUGUAAUUAUAAGAUAUUUUUAUUAAAAUCUUUUUUUGUCGUUAUGUAAAUAUUGUGUUUCCACUUUUAAGUCUUUUAGUAAAUGAACGUGGUUAUGCUCUGCCAAUAAUGUCCUCACAUGAUGAUAUCAGUUAACUCUUUGCAGUGUUUUUGGAAUAGUUUAAUAUGUAGCAUGUCAGGCUCAUUGCAGAGGUUUUGAAUGUGCACUGAAGCAGCCCUCCCUGUGUAGAUAUGUGGUGGAGUUCAACACGAGUUCUUCUAUUAUUUGCCCUGCUUAGCUUUUUCUUGAAUUGUUUUGUACUCAUUAACUAUGACAACUUUGACCCGCUUGGAGCGAAGGGUUGGUCUGCUGUUUGAUCUUUUAAAAAAAAGGCCUGAUUUGACUCUGUUACAUUGCACUCUUGUAAAAAAAAAAAA